UGUCUCUGCAGUGAGGUCACGGGUGGGAGGUGCGUCAGCGGCUUCAGCUCCGAUGUUGGGGACAGCCAGAGCGCCCGACGGUGAUGUACGAAUUGUAGAAAAGUAGAGUUGGAAGAGGCCAUCGAGUCCAGCCCUCUGCUGAAUGCAAGAAUCCAAAUUAAAUCAAAAUACAUUAGUCCAGGAAAAGCUCUUGCCCUAUUUUGUUAAAGGAUCGACAAAUAUGUAUAUUAUUAGCCGAAGACAUUUAUUUUGCUGAUGGCUGGAAACCUAUUUUUAUUAUUAAAUCUUGUGGUUGGAACAUUGGGUUUCACAAUGAUCAUCCUAAUACAUAGAGUUAACAACCAGCAUUCUUGGAUCAAUUUCCAAUCAAGGGUAUAUUGAUGAAUUAACAUCAGUGCUACUGGAGCUGGAAAACUGUGCUGAACUGUGAAUCCAGAACUUUGUCUGUGAUAUUUGGGAAUAACAAGAUUCCACAUCAUAAAGUUCCAGUCCCUGUAAUUUCUAGAAGUGUAAGUUUGAAAUCCGCAUUUCAGGCUGUGAGAACUUCACCACUUGUGUGCUUUUAUGUUCUGAUGGAAGAACAUGGGAAGACUCCGUAUGUCAGUAAAAAUGGAAAUCUUCUUCAAAGCUAAACUUUGUACUAAAUCACAGUUUUCUAUUGGAUUAAAUCAUUGGAUCAUUUUCAAGACCAGUGACUUAAGGGUUUGAGCAAAAGCAUUUUGUAUGUGCACUGAACUGUACGUUUUAUAUUUAGUCAAUUUGAAAAAAAAGAAGUAUUUUUAAAUGGCAGAUGUUUUUAGGUAAUUCCUUAGCUUUAAAGGUUAUGAUUGUAAAUGCAAAGGGUUAAAUGUACCAGUUUGGUGUCUUAUUAAUUUUUUUCAAUGAAAGCAGCCAUAAUGGUUAUGCAAUAACCAGAAUUUGAGAUUUCAAAGAGCUACCUGUGGUCAAAUUUAAGAUUCACCUAUUUAAAAUUUAGCUAUGGAAGCUCCACAGAUAAAUUUUCCCCUAGGUCAUCAGUCAAAGCAAAUGGGGACUGUAGCACAAGAAGAUGACAGUCCUCCAGCAAAAAAAGCAAUGACUGAAGUGCAUGUAAAAGAUAAAGUACAAACUGUGGUAAACAAGUUGUCAAGAAUAAAGAAGGAACAUUUGGAUGAAUGUGAAGAAAACUUUAUGGAGGACAGAGAGGAAGAUGCAAAACCAAACACUGCUGUAGCAUCUGAGCCUUUGAACUUAAAUCCUGGACUGAAACAUACACUGGCGCAGUUCCACUUAAGUAGCCAGAGUUCACUGGGUGGACCAGCAGCAUUUUCUGCUCGCCAUUCCCAAGAAAGUACGUCUUCUGUCUUUGUACCUCUCCCAUCACCCCAAAUCCUUCCUGGUCCGCUGCUUGUUCCUUCAGACAGCUCUACAGAGCUGACACAGACUUUAUUGGAAGGAGAAUCUAUAUCUUGUUUUAAAGUUGGAGGGGAAAAGAGACUUUGCCUGCCUCAAGUCUUGAAUUCUGUGCUCCGUGAUUUUUCUCUGCAGCAGAUUAACACAGUGUGUGAUGAACUUUACAUCUAUUGCUCUAGGUGUACUUCAGACCAGCUUCAUAUCUUAAAGGUUUUGGGAAUCCUUCCAUUCAAUGCUCCAUCUUGUGGGCUGAUCACACUGACUGAUGCUCAAAGACUAUGCAAUGCUCUGCUGCGUCCUCGCACAUUUCCUCAAAAUGGCAGUCUGCUUCAUGCUAAAAGUUCACUGGCCCAACUGAAAGAGACUGGCAGUGCCUUUGAAGUAGAGCAUGAAUGUUUGGGAAAGUGCCAGGGUUUAUUUGCUCCACAGUUUUAUAUUCAGCCAGAUUCUCCAUGCAUCCAGUGUUCAGAGUGCUAUGUGAUGUUUUCACCCCAGACAUUUGUGAUGCAUUCUCAUCGAUCUCCUGACAAGAGGACCUGUCAUUGGGGCUUUGAAUCAGCCAAAUGGCAUUGCUAUCUCCAUAUUAACCAAAAAUAUUUAGGAAUGCCAGAAGAGAGAGAUUUGAAGCAUCUUUUGGAAGAAAUGAAAGAAAAAUUUAGCAUAAAAAAUCAGAAAAUAAUCCAGUCUAAAGCCGAUUCUCAGUAUAACCUAGAAUUUCAGCAGUGGUAUCCAGUUAUAAAGCAAGAAGCAGAUUCUAUUAAUCAGCCGCACUCAUUCAUGCAUCCCAGCUACUACUUUUACAUGUGUGAUAAAGUGGUUGCUCCCAAUGUAUCCCUUACCUCUUCUGUACCACAAUAUAAAGAAGCCACAAAACCAGUGGAGAAGAUUUCAGAAGUCAUGAAAUCUGUACAUGGACAGUCAGUGAAGCAACACAGUGGUGGCAAACGCAAAAAAGCUAUUUUCUUUCAGGAUAUCUCUCUUGAAGUACAAGAGAAGGUUGAUUUGAAACUUAGCACAGAAAUGUGUACAGGUUCAGAGCAACCUGCAUCCAUUAAGUCUUCAAACAGAAGGAAAGCUGAACAAAUCUCUUCCAAAGUGAGUACAGAAGAUGUGGUAGAAAUAAGCAGUGGUGCACAAACCUCAUAUCAGACUCUUUCCCGUGAUAUUGGUUGUGAUGACGACAAAGGGAAAAUGAUGGAAGAUGUAAUGAAAACCUAUAUAAAACAGCAAGAAAAGCUACAUACAAUUUUGCAAAAGAAGCAACAUCUUCAAAUGGAAGUAGAAAUGUUAAGUAGUUCAAAAGCCAUGAAAGAGUUAACAGAAGAGCAGCAGAAUUUACAAAAAGAACUUGAAUCUUUGCAGACUGAGCAUGCUCAAAGAAUGCAAGAAUUUUAUGUUGAGCAAAGGGACUUGGAGAAGAAGUUAGAGCAGGUAAUAAAGCAAAAAUGUACCUGCGAUUCUAACUUGGAAAAGGACAAAGAAGCAGAGUAUGCAGCUCAGUUGGCAGAGCUAAGACAGAGGCUGGAUCAUGCUGAAGCAGAUAGGCAAGAGCUCCAAGAUGAACUGAGACAGGAACGAGAAGCAAGACAAAAGUUAGAGAUGAUGAUCAAGGAAUUAAAACUUCAGAUGCAGAAGUCUUCAAAAAAUGGCAAAGGGAAAUAAAGUGCCAACAAGAAAGUAUCUGUACUUUCUCAGCAGGGCUAAUAAAUUCCUUGUCAAGGAGAAAGAAGUCAAGCCAUGGAUCAGCAAACGUUUUGGGGACAAUCAUAGGGAAAUUUUCUUAUGCAAGCAGCAUCAGUGAAGCAGGAGUUGUUGCAAUUCCAAAUCAUUUCAAUGAUGUUUUGCACAAGAGAAGUUCCCAGUAGAUUGUGUCCAAUGAAUACAUACAAAUCUGUAUACAUUUGUACAACUUCCAGACUAACAAAAUCUGUAUUUAUGCUGCUUUUCCUUUGUUUUCUUGACAGUUAUAAGCAAUGCCAAAACCUUGGGUUAUAUCCAAUGUUACUAUUCCGCUCAUGCAGCAGACUUUCACUUGCACAGUGGAACAUCCCCCUCUUCACCUCUCCCCUGUAGCCACUACACACCCUAAAAACUACUCUAGAAGGUUGGAGGAGCCUCCAGAGCAGAUUUUGGGGAUGCACAAAGAGAGGAAGAGGAAUUGUUGGGUAGAACCUUACGUUUUACACUUCUCAGUGUACCUUUAUUUUACAAGCUAUGUUGAGGACUAUCUAUUUUUUACUGAAUGCAAUUUUGUUUUUUUCAAAUAUGCACCAUCCACAUAUUUGCUUUCCACUGCAUGCAAUCUAUUUUCAUAAAAGGGUCUUACAAUUCCAAGAAUCUAAAGGAAGAGAGAAAUUGUAGAGAAUUUACUCCCUUGCGUUGUUGUAUUCUGAUAUUUCAUUUGAUUAUUAAUGCUGGAUUCAGAACUGCUAAUUGGUAAUUAUUCAAUAGCAAACAUUUCUUUAAACGCAAAUCUUCACCCACUUAACUGCCUAUUACUAAGUGUUAAAAAGCCACAUGGAAAUUCUUUAGUACCCUGUUGAAUGCUGUUAUGAAAUGUUGCUGAAGCAGAAACUGAGAUACUUUACUUUCAAAACUGUAUUCACUCUCAGUUUCUUUGGGUAACUGUUCAGAAGAUUCUGACAGACAAGUUUGCUUUUCAUACCGUUCUUUGAGCAUUCCCAAACACUAUUGGAAGUUUGAAAAUGUCAGCCUAAUUUUGUAGAGUGACAAUUUUAACCAUCAGCCGAGUGGGUUACUUCAUUAGCAAUAAAGUUCUUAUGUGUAGAUUUUCUUUGAGAGCAUGAAAGUGGGUGGUCUUGACAUUUUAAAAUAUUACAAAAGUUGAGGGGGAACAAAUGGAAUCCAUGACAUUGUGGAAGUGAUGUUUAUGGUGGUUUUUUAAAAAAAUGAUACGGUAAAAUUGCUAUCAUUUGUAAACAGCAUAGCUAAACCUUUAUUUCGUUUAAAAAGAAAUGCUAAGGUCUUUAUUGGGGCAUCUGACAUUUAGUUUGGUAAUAGUCUGGUGCCAGUAAAUAAGUAGUUCAGUUCCAGAGUUUUUCUUGAUCAGAAACCAGAUACGUGAAGUAUAUUAACAGAAGCAGAGAAAGAAAAUGAUGGAUUUUUUCCACCCAAAAGAUGGUUACCUAUAAAGAACUUGAAUGGAUGAAUUUUUUGUUGGUGGAAAUGUGUGCAAAGUUUGGAUAAUCCAGAAUUGUUCAAUAUUGAUUAUACAUAAGGUAAGAUAGGUUACUUACAUGAAUUACUUAAGAGCAUGUAGAGAAUGGUCAAAUUGCUCAAAUACCAUAUUAAAUGGGAUGGGGAGAGGAAAGAAAUCGUUACCAAAAUCCAGGGACUCUGUUCAGACUACUGAACAUAAACACCAGUGUGAUAAAUAUAUUUCACAAAAAUUCUACCUGCUUUGCCAUGUUCUAGUUAUAUAUAGGUGCUGCAUGUAACAGAUUGCAAAACUGUGUAGGAUGCACAUUGCAUUUUGGAUGGAAAUGUGCAUUUCCACAACCAAACCAGAAGCAACUUUCUGGAUGGGAUGGAACCACUACCCUAGCUUUCCAGCAGGUGAGUCACUGUUGCUUACCACGAGGGUAAGGUGGUGGGAAGGUUGGCUCAGUGCAAAUGCAUAGGCAGGAGAGCCAGAUUGGUAGCCCAAUCUCCCCACCACCUCUCUCUCUACCUCCCGGAAAGCAUCAGAUACCUACCUGCUGAGAAUCUAGCAUAGUGGCUCCACCUCACUUAGCAAGCCACUGCUGUAAGCAGCUGGCACCACAGGUAGUGAUGUUCAUCCAUAUUUGCAUUGGGCGGGCAUCUACUUACCUGAUCUGCAUGCUGUGGAAGUCUGCUACAUGUGCAUCUGGAGCAUUUAUUUUGUAACUUUAAAAUACUGUUUGUUAUGUAAGGACCAUUUACACAACCACAUUUUAAAAAAUUAUUUUCAAUUAUAUCUGCUGUUUUUCAGCUGUUCAGCCCCCGGUGUCUUGUAUAGCAAACUAAAUUAAUAAAAAGAAACAAAUACUAUAAAAUGGUACUAUAACAUGUAUAAUACCUAGCAGGAGACAAUAUAAAACAAAAUAGACAAAGAAUUGAUACCUGCAAAAUAAAAUGCAAGAUCACUUCUAAAAUGAAUUGAGUGCACAGGAUCUGCUGAGACUUAAUGGUCCAGUAAAUAAAUGACCAGGGAACGCAAAACAAUAGCAAGGACCUUUUUAACUAGAAAGAAAUGCAGCUGUUGCAUAAGCUGAAACACUUCUGGCCACAGCCACCACAUGAGAAUGAAAACCCAGGAAUGUUUCAAAGCUGGAAACCUUAUAUUCAAGGGGAAGUUUGACCUUAGGACAGAUAAAUCCACAGGUUGUUCAACCUCUCAUCAUAAGCAGUUCCAUCUGGAUUGAGCUUGUUCAUUCAGUCUCUAACUAGGCACUAACCAUUGUACCUGCAAGAAAAAGUAGAGUUGAGUGUCUAUUAACAGUACGUCACCCCAAAUUUCUGGGCAAUUUCUCCAGCUGCUGAAUGGAUGUUAAGUAGCAUGGGGGAUAGAAUAGACACUUGCAGGACUCCGUAACGCAGCUGCCUAGUCUGUGGACAAAGUUCAAGACCAAGUGAAACAACGGUGUGAUUACUUCUGCAUGCACCCAGCUUGUGCAUCACCACAAUGCUUUUGAAAAUGGGUUGGUUGGAGCUGACAUAAUAGAUUAGUAUCUAUUAGUCUUGGGACUGAACUAUAGUCAUUUACUGAAAUGCUUUAGAUUACACUCCCUAAAAUGUAAAUCUUAAAACACUAAAAGUGCCAAAAUACUGUCUCUGCCCACAUUGUGUUUUUUUCCCGGGGAUGGAUAUGAACCAUUAACAAUCCAUUUUGUAUUCCUUCUGGAUAACUUGUAAUAUGUUUUGCAUGUCUUAUUUGUUGUUUCAAUUAUAGUGCAGUGCUACUGAAGAAAUGGCUAAAAUUUAAUGACAAAUACAUUGCUCACAUGUUAGGUGGGAGGGUUGCUUCCUUAAAUAACAUUGCAAUAAAAUAUACCAACUUCAAAUAUUUUAUUUUGCCAGAAUAGAUUAUGAUUACUUUCAUCUCUAUUUUCAAAGUAGGUAAGCAUCUUCCAUUGUUGGUCUUGCAGGUAAUUUGUUCAUAUAUACUUCUCUUUCAUGUGCAACCUGCGCAUGCUUAAUUUUUUUAUCUUAUUUAACACAUUUCAUACAAAUGGGAUAAGGAAUAGAUUUUAGUAUCACAUAUGCCUGUUUUACAGUAUAGGGUAUGGUAGGAUAACAACUCUAUUCAUUUCAAUCUGUAACUUGCUUAUGUGUUCAAGGGGUGAAGUAAGCUGAUCGGAUGCUCUUAGUGAUCUCAGGAGACUGUCUCUCAUGUAGAGAUGGAAAGCAUUAACUGGAUGGAAAGCAUUAACAUGACUUGUUACAAGUAUAAGCCAUGUUUUCAGUGUAGUGGGUCCAAGCCUAUGGACCUCCCUCACAGCUGAGAUUAGACAGGCACUCUCCUUGUUGAACUUCAGGUGUUAUGAUUAAAACUUUCUUGAUCCAGCAGGCAUUUUAAGGUAAUGCUUGGUUUUAUCAUGCUUUUACUGUUCUUCUGUUAUUAUGUAUGGUCUUAGUUUUAUGUAUGCUGCUUAGAAAUACAAAUGAUUAAGCAGUAUAUACAUGUUAUAAAUGUUAUAAAUAAAUAACUGUUGCUGGUUGUUAACCAGUAGUAAUAUAACUGGUUGUAGCAGCUGGAAAAGUAUCCUGGUGAUUGUGGAGGUAAUUGUUGACCAAUAACUGAGUUACCUGGUUGACACCUUUCACGAGCAAUAAAUGUAAUGUUUGAUUGGCUUUGAGAAAGAGUGUGUAGUUUACUCUGUCAUGGGAUGCCAGCAUUCAGUCAAUGCCUGCUUUCCUACCCUGAAUACAAGGAGAAGCUGGAUGUGGUCUAGAACAGGGAUGGACUUGUGAUCCUCAAGACGUUGCUAGACCACAGCUUGCAUCAUCCCUGACCAUUCACCAAGCUGGCUGGGGCUGAUUGGAUUUGGAGUCCAGUGACAUCUGGAGGGCCACAAUUUUCUCAUCCUUGCUACAGAAUAAGUUGAGCCACCGCCAUAGAUUGAACUUUGACAAAAUCCUUUCUGAAUGUAAUUGCUAUACAGUGCUUUCAUUCUUUCUGCCCAAAUUUUCCACUGUUUGUUAUGCAGAAAUGGUUUAUAGAGUGAAUUUUAGAAUGAAGUCAGAAUUUGUAAUUACUGUCAUGUUUCUAUUUAGACAUGUGGCAAUUAAAUGCAAGGGCCAGCAGCAUUUGUCUCAAAUGUUGGUCUAGUUGCAACAGAUAUUGGAGCUCAACAUGUGGCAAUUUUGGUUAUGUUUUAGAAAAAAGUGUUUGUGGUAGAAAUAAUUUGUUGUGAGAGAGAGAGCCACUUUCAGAUUAUUUAUAUCUCUGAAAAUUUGUAAAACCAAACCACACACAAACAUAUAAUCAAAGAAAUCAUUGUAAUCUUUGUAUUGAACAAUUAAUUUCAGCCUCCUUUGCAUAAGACUUUCUUGUAGAUGUCAAGUAAUUAAUACAUAGAAGUGUGCCAUAGGUGUCCAUAGUCACCAAGAGAUAGUUUUCUAGUAAAUUGUAAAUAUUCUAUGUUUUACAGCAGCUAGUUUCUUACAUUGAUCUCUUAACAUGCUGUAUCUUAUGGGUGAUUAAUUCCAUGCCUAUAUAGCUUCAAUUGCAUAUAAGACUUUACCCAUGUACAGAAACCUAUGACAAAUUAUCCUGUCAAUUUGAAUUUGCUCUUUUAGCUUCAGCAUGCUCAUUCUGUAUGUUAAUUAUUACUGAAGGCUUUUUUUAAAAAGUCAUCUGUGUGUUGGCCUUUUAGACUUGUUUUCCAAUUUGCCUUUUCCAUUAAUGUUUCUGAAAAGGAUUAAAACAUUUUUUAAACUGCAAUUAAGGAAUGCCUAGAAGCAAGGCUGCCAAGAGCACUCUUAAGAAACAAAAUCUGCUUCUUGGCAUCCCUGUUUUUUAACAUUAAAAAGAGGUUUUGUGCAGAGGGCAAUAGACACUGCACAAAAUGUAGGAAUGAUCUCUCUUACCAUUGUGGCUGCCCUGAAGACAUCCGAACUUGAAAAUGCAACCCUGUCACAUUAGAUUAAAAUGCGUUAGCAAAGUCUCAAAAUACAUUCAGACAAAUUGUUCUCUUUUCAGUAGGACUUAUAUCACUUAGCUUGAGUAUUUAAAGUAAAUAUGGUAGUUUUGGGGUAUAUUUUACAUUCUUGGAUUGAUUUUAUUAUAUAUUUAAUAUAUUGAUAGGUGUAAAAUCAUUUGUACAUAGUCAAAGUAUUGUAAUGCAACCCUUGCAAUAGACUAUGCUAUGGGAAAUAUAGAGUGCUACCACACGGUUUGCCUACUCGCUGCUGCUUAGCCCAAAUUUUGGAGCCCCUAGUGACAGUAUUUCCACUUUUCUCUUGGCUUCUAUUUGAACGUGCAGAAUUUUCAGUUAUAGCAGCUAUGUGAAUGGCUGACUGCUAUACCUUGGAGGUGUUAUCAUCAGGCUAUGUAGCUGACCUCAAAACACUUUAAAGUCAGUUCCCUAUAUUAAAGCUCAUUUGAUCGUAGAAAAUCAUAAAUUGGGGGGGUGUUAUACAGGAGAACAUAGAAAAAUAGAUAUCAUUAACAUGUUUUUAAAACCCUGAUAAUAUAAUGCAACAAAAUACUUAAUUCACUUGUAACCCUAUGCUUGAAAUACUUAUGCUGCAGCUGUAAAAUAUCUCUGUCCAGCAACUGACAGCUUGAUUUCUUUAUUAUACUUUCUCUACAACUUGUACAUUCAUUGCAUCUGUGGUAAUGUGAGGCAAUCCAUAAUUUCUGUACUGGAAAUAUUUUGAUAAUUUUUGUUGCAGAUGCCCUCUAUUAAAAAAGCAAAAGUCACACAUGUAACAGAUUGCACAACUGUUCUUUGUAGUAAACCCACAAUUUAGAGGAUGCUUUGAAUUCUACAGUGCUCUGAAAUCUUCAAGCACAAGUGAAACAAGUUCUUUUUAAAAAUAAAUAUCCUGUUAAGUAUAGCAAUCUAUUAUAUCCUUCAAAUACCUCACUUUAAGAGAAAGGAAGCACAGUUGUAAUGUAUCUAAAAUCAUUCUAGUGAAUACGCUCAAAUAAUUGGUCUCGAAAUGUUCUGAUGCAGCUAUGUUGCCUUCCAGAAUAAGAAAUGUGACUAACAAAAUUCUAUUUUGUAUGUGUUCAUAAUGCUUUUGAAAGUAUUUAUUGAUGAUAUCGUAAUAUAUUUCCACACUCUAGAGCAACAUGUGAUUUUUCUGUGCUCAACAGGACCUUUGACAUUUUUUUUGAACAGCAAUUUACCAUGCCAUAUAGCAAGAUCAUUUUUGACGUUUUAAAAUCAGUUUGUAAUAUGCCUUGUGGUUUGCUGUUCAAUAUAUAUCAAGUCCAGCUGGGCAUACAAAAGUCUUUGGACAAAUAUAUAGUACCUUUCUGUAUAUGACCAAGAUCUUUAAAAAGUAUCAUUUAUAAAGUAUAAUUUACAGAAUGAAGAAAGGUCCUGCAAACAAGGCAACAAGUGGAAUUACUGGAGUUAAAAAAAAGUCUAAAAAAGAUUGGUGCAUACCAACAAUUUUCAAUGUUUUGCCAAUGAUGUACAGUUCUACAGUUGCAAUUGCUGUAGUUGCAUUACAUGACACAAAACUGGCCUCUACCUCAUGUGAUACAAAAACAGAUAUUUUGUAUGGUUUUAGUAAAAAUAAGAUGCAUUUAUCUGUCACUUAGUUUACAAAUUUUGAAUUCUAUUUAUUGAAACAUGACAUACUGUGCUCUUAGCUUAUACCUCAAUUGUAUUUUGUGCAGUUUUCCAUUUUCAUGCAUUGUAAAUAUCCUGUAUAGAUUGUGGAUCCACAUACAAAUAAAACAAUUCUAAUGUCAAA